AUGGGUAGCGGUCAAAGAUUUCACCUGCCGGCUUCUCUGAAACGAACAAAAUCCAAGCGUCCUGAUCACGGCCGGCAGCCGGAAGGAAACGAGUAUAAAGUGCAGCAUCUGCUGGGGAUCACCGAGACUGAUUUCAACACGGUGCGGAACCAGAGUAUCAGCUCCUCAGCCACUGCGAAAUUGCCAGCUUUGUCUUUCUCUGAUGCUACGACCGAGCUGGGUUCUUCUCAUCCCGCCACAGAACAUUUGGAUCCAGGUGCAGAACUCAAUUUGAAGGCGUCGUCUGUGCUGUUGCACGAGGAGUUCCUACUCAAAGCAGAUGCGGCCGGUUCAACACAUUCCAAACGCCUCAAGACAUACGGCUCGUCUUCUACCAUUAACUCGUACUACGAUGCUUGCAAGGCGCCGUUAGCUGUGUCACAACAGACUUCAGAUUCGUCCCGACGGGACUUUGCUCUCCGGAAGGGGGCACCGGUGGUCAUCAAAUCUGCGACCCCGGACAAGGAUUCACUGCGUCAAUUGAAGCUUUUUCGCCUCUCUAAAGGCGACAAUAAGCUAGGGGCAAAGAAACUCAUGAAGGGUGGUUCUCAACCUGGAGACAGCCCCGUUAAGAUGUUAUUCGGCAGUCAGCGUUCUGUAAGAACCCCCGAACAGACAGGGACGGCAAGGCAUUUGCAUCCCAAUCGUCAAUCCGAAACGCAAAGGGGCGUGCGCUUCCAGUCUGACCACUCUGUAACGUCAAUCAACGCGUCGACAUCGAAAUCAUCUGGUAGUCGGCCCUCUCGACAGGAAAAUCCAUACGUCAAGAUGAAUAUAAGACGACCAAAGGCUGGAGCGAAGCAUUGGUUCGACGGGCUGGAGGGUGAUAGCAGUGAUGAUGAAAGCGUCCACGAGCCUGAACUACACCCAAGCUUCGUUGCAGGAAUGGAAAUGGCUUUCGAAGGAGGUAGGAUUGGACUCUUGACAAAUGAGGGAUCCCGUGUCACAACGCAUACGCAUGAGACGUCUAGUCGAGCACCAAGCUCGAAAGCACCAUCAAGCCACCUGCUCCCUGCUUCAGCAAUUCCACCCCGGGUAUCAACCCUCACUGCCAAAUCGUCCAAAUCUACGCUUUCUCGAAAUGAGUCGCUGCAACCCUCAACGAAACCAAAAGCAUCCUCUCUAGCGUCCACCGAUCUCCAUAAAACCAGCAUUUUAGACCUGUCCUCUUCUGAUGAUGAUCAUGAUGAUGAGCCACAGUCAUUGGAAAAAGAGAGCGAAUCAAAGAGCGCUCCCUUGCCGCCACUGCGGGAUAGCAUAGCCGUGGAGUCACUGACAGAAUCAGAUAUUGAGAUUCGGACAGCUAAAGCAGUCAGUACGAAGCAAAAUAUCACUGCGAGGGCGACACCGAGUUUACGGCGUGUUCACGGCACUCAUCCUCCAGGUUCGGCAUCAUCAACAACAAAGCCUUCCAACAAGCGACGAAACCAUCGAUCGACAUAUCUCAGCGAUCUGUCCUCAACUCCUACGCCAGAAGACGAAGACCUGCUCACCUCAUUUCCUCCCAUCCCAACAGAGCAAGCAUCCUCGCACCGCCAGUCUUUCCAAGAAUCUUGUCUGUCCGAUACCGCAAGCAUUGAGAGCAGGAGACUGAUGAGCGUUACCCGUCAAGAGGAAUCUCUUCUUGCUGCACUCCGUUUAAGGAAAGCAGCACUAGGUCAGCCAUCCACCGGCGGCGCAACGGACCGACGGCUACAGGUGCUGCGAGAUAGGGAGAGAAAAUCAGCAAUAUGUCAACGGCCUACUCCAAGGUCCUCCGCGGCAUUAGAGGUUCAGCUGUCUUUACAAGGGCGGACCCAGGAACAGUUGCGGUCUCCUUAUUCAGAUGCAAACUUUGACCAGGCUUCAUGCACAACUUUCCAGACAGGGCUGUCGACGGAGGCCAGCGCACGAUAUUCACUGGCCAGCUUCCACACGGGAACUUCGAUCGAGCCAGAGUCCGAAAUGUCAUCCUCCUUGGCCACAUUCUCGCCUACACUACUUGCACCGUCGAAUGGUGCUAUCAAUAGGAUGAGCCGUUCGACCUUCUUUUCGACAUCGACCAACAGCUCCAGAGACAACUCGCGUAGUCGACGCGAGAGUCACUAUCUGGCCACAUUGGAGAAGCUGCAGGCGGCACCAAAACGAGAAGAAGUCUCUUCCCAGGACUUCAUUGAUUUUCCUUAUAAUGGAUGGAUGAAACUUGCCGCGACAGCGCAUUGA